GGGCCAGUGAGCCCUCCUCCUCGACGACGGUGCCUGCCCGUGGGGUCUGCCGUGCGUUUCAGCCCGAGUCUUGUCCAUUUCCCCUCCCUGCUUUGCCCGAAGUUUUUACAUACAAAUUCUACUAGUCACACUUGGCCGUUCAGUGCAGUUGCUGAAUUAAUAGAUAAUGCUUAUGAUCCUGAUGUGAAUGCUAAGCAGAUAUGGAUUGACAAAACAGUGAUAAACAACCAUAUAUGCUUGACCUUCACUGAUAAUGGGAAUGGAAUGACUUCAGAUAAAUUACAUAAAAUGCUAAGCUUUGGCUUCAGUGACAAAGUCACCAUGAAUGGUCGCGUCCCAGUUGGGUUGUAUGGGAAUGGCUUCAAGUCCGGUUCUAUGCGUUUGGGUAAAGAUGCGAUUGUUUUUACCAAAAAUGGAGAAAGCAUGAGCGUGGGCUUCUUGUCUCAGACAUACUUGGAAGUCAUAAAAGCAGAACAUGUUAUUGUCCCAAUAGUGGCAUUCAACAAACACCGACAGAUGAUUAAUUUAACAGAAUCAAAAGCAAGCCUUGCUGCAAUUCUGGAACAUUCUCUCUUUUCUACGGAACAGCAACUACUGGCAGAACUUGAUGCUAUCAUGGGUAAGAAGGGGACAAGGAUCAUCAUUUGGAAUCUUAGAAGCUCCAAAAAUGCAACAGAGUUUGAUUUUGAUAAAGAUAAAUAUGACAUCAGAAUUCCUGAAGAUUUAGAUGAGACAACAGGGAAGAAAGGCUACAAGAAGCAGGAAAGGAUAGACCAGAUUGCCCCUGAGAGUGACUAUUCCCUGAGGGCUUACUGCAGUAUAUUAUAUCUAAAGCCAAGAAUGCAGAUCAUCUUACGUGGACAGAAAGUGAAAACACAACUAGUUUCGAAGAGUCUUGCCUACAUUGAACGUGAUGUUUAUCGACCAAAAUUUUUAACUAAAACAGUGAGGAUUACCUUUGGAUUCAACUGCAGAAAUAAAGAUCAUUAUGGGAUAAUGAUGUAUCACAAAAAUAGACUCAUCAAAGCUUAUGAAAAAGUUGGAUGUCAGUUAAGGGCAAACAACAUGGGUGUAGGAGUAGUUGGAAUUAUAGAGUGUAAUUUCCUACACCCAACUCACAAUAAACAAGAUUUCGACUACACUAAUGAGUACAGGCUUACAAUAGCAGCGCUUGGGGAAAAGCUGAACGAUUACUGGAAUGAGAUGAAAGUGAAGAAAAAUUCAGAAUAUCCUCUCAGUUUGCCAGUUGAAGAUAUACAGAAAAGUCCUGAUCAGACAUGGGUUCAAUGUGAUUCCUGUCUAAAGUGGCGAAAGUUACCAGAUGGGAUAGAUCAACUUCCAGAAAAAUGGUAUUGCUUCAAUAACCCUGACCCACAGUUCAGAAAUUGUGAUGUUCCAGAAGAACCUGAAGAUGAAGAUUUGGUGCAUCCCACUUAUGAAAAAACCUACAAAAAGAAAGACAAGGAAAAAUUAAGGAUCAGACAACUGGAAGUGAUCCCUCGGAUUAAUAUUGACCAAUUUCGAACAACCCCUAUGUCAAGUCAAAACUUUUUGCCUUUGAAGGAAAGUGUUCCAAGAGGACACCCUUCAGAAACACCAAGUACUUACACAACAAGACUUAUAAAUAAUCAUCGAGUUUCCUCCCAGUCUGAACCUGAGAACAACAGCCUAAAACGAAGACUUCCUAUUCGUUCCUCAAUUUUGAAUGCAAAGAAUCGGAGAUUGAGUAAUCAAGCAUUUGAAAAUUCAACUUAUAAGGAAGAAGAUGAUGAUGAUGAAGAUGUCAUCAUCUUAGAAGAAAACAGUACUCCCAAGCCUGCUAUAGAUCAUGAUGUUGAAGUGAAAGCAGAACAGAGUCAAGUGGAGCAAAGUGGUAUUGUGGUCGAGCCGGGGUCUGAUAACGAACCCCGUGGCCAGACCAGUUCAGUGGGCACCUCGGCCUCCAGGUGUGAUCAGGGGACAACUGCAGCCACCCAGACUGAAGUACCGAGUUUAGUUGUUAAAAAGGAAGAGACUGUUGAAGAUGAGAUCGAUGCAAGGAACCAUGCGUCUGUCCUGCCGUCCUGUGGAGAAGCUGAGGUGAAGACACACGAGGCCAAGGAAACCUUGGAUAAAUCUGGGGGUGACUGCCAGUUAAACGAACUGAAAAGUGAGCUACUUCUAGUUACCCAAGAAAAAGAAAAUUAUAAAAGACAGUGUCAGGUGUUUACUGAUCAAAUCAAAGUGUUACAACAGAAAAUAGCAGACAUGAACGACAAAUUUGUGAAGAAGGAAACUUGCCACCAGUCUACUGAAACCGAUGCUGUGUUUUUACUCGAAAGUAUUAAUGGCAAAUCUGAAAGCACAGACCACAUAGUGUCGCAAUAUCAGCAAGCUUUGGAAGAAAUAGAGAAGCUGAAAAAGCAGUGCAGUGCUUUGCAGCAUGUGAAGGCUGAGUGCAGUCAGUGUUCUAGCAGCGAGAGUAAAAGUGAAAUGGAUGAAAUGGUUGUACAGCUGGAUGACGUGUUUAGACAGCUGGACAAAUGCACUGUUGAGCGGGACCGGUAUAAACACGAGGUUGAAUUAUUGGAGAUGGAAAAAUCGCAAAUCCGUUCAAAGUGUGAGGAACUGAAAACUGAAAUUGAACAAUUAAAAUCGACAAGUCAACAGAUAGGACCAGAUGUGUCAACUUCAAGUAAUGUUGAGGAGUCUGUAAAUUUUGCUGAUGGGGAAAGCCUUAAACUUCGAUCUCUUCGAGUUAACGUGGGACAGCUGCUGGCCAUGAUUGUACCUGAUCUCGACCUUCAGCAAGUGAACUAUGAUGUUGACGUAGUUGAUGAGAUUUUAGGACAAGUUGUUGAACAAAUGAGUGAAAUCAGUAGUACUUAAAGUCUAUUUUCUGUGAGAUAAUAAAAAUUUAUUUACUCGAUCCUUUUGGUUGUACAGCUUUCAAAAUGUAAACAAUGUUGUUUUAUAGAUAGGGUAAGUAAGACUGAAGAACCAGGAUCUUUACUGUAUUCUAUGCAUCCAGGUGUGGCUCCGAGUACUGUGGACACAUCACCACACUUUUUGAAAUAGCUGCGAAUCUCUGGUUUUCAGCAGCUGAAUAGCUAACUCCUGAUUGUUUUAAAAUGUAAAUAUUUGUAAUUAAGUCUGCACAUAUUUUUUUAUUACCCUGGAGGACCUGUGUUUUUCACCAAGAGCUUUUCAGGUGCCCCUAACCUUUGUGCAAUCUUUUCUGGUUCCCCAAAAUGUAUUUUUCUCAGACUUGAGGACUGUGCCAUAAAUACAAAUGGAAAUGUUACCUUUGAUUUUCUUACCGAGAAGUUUAAACAGGAUUUUUUAAAAAUGUAAUGACUCUUGAUAAGCUAAGUUGUAAUUGAAUUGAGCUUUAGUGUUUGUUUUCUAUGAAUCCUAUCUCUGAAAUAUUUUAUUCAUAAAAAUAAGGUAUUAAGAAAUUGACUCCAUUCAUUUUGCCAGGAUUUUUCUUGUGCUGAGAUUGCCAAUCAUGGUUAAACACAAAGUGUUUUUAUAGAACAAAGAAUGAAUCUUUAGUAUUAAAAAAAAGUGUGAAAAAUACUGAAUGUCCCACAUUUGCUUUGAAACCCAUUUUUAGCUGCUUAGUCAGCAUGGAGUGGGCACAAUAAUUGUUUGAUAUUUCUUUUUGUGAAAUUUCCUGUACAGCCUUUUGUAGGAUUACUACAGGUAAUUGUGAGUUGAGGAAGACAAUCUUUCUCUAACAAUAUUGCAUACCUUUUAUUAUAAUGCAGACCUGAGUGUUUCACAUCCUGGAGUGAAGCAAAAAACUGUCCUAGGAUUAUAGUAUUACCUGCCAUAAAAUGUCUACUUCAUUGGUCCCAUGUUUCGUGCAAUUUUAAAGAGAUGGCUUUUAUUAAGUAUAACUAUGUAUAUAAUUAAGAAUCGUAUUUUCCAUAACUAAAAUGUUUAUUAUUUUUUCAAAGUUUUAUCAUUACUAUUUAUUUUUACUUUUGUUUCUGAAUAUUCAGUACAUGUUCCUUUUGUAUGUAUCGUUAAUUACAUGUCUGUCAUAUACAAUUUAAAAUUUUUACUGUACAUUAACUGCUAGAGGAAGCAAAUAAAUGAGGAUUGGUUUUAUUUGCUUGAUAAAGUAAUUGAAGGUAUUUUUGGUAUGAAGCUGGUUUUCUGUCUCAAUUGUACCUGCCCCAAAUUUAAAACAUCUUGUAAUAAAAAUAUAUCUAUAUGAUGGCUAGCUCUUCAGAUAU